CGCGGAAAACAAAAUCGUCAACUGAGUUCAGUUCUCACUCACUUCAGUAAUAUGUAUGGCUUUCGCGGUUCUACUAAAUCAAAACCGUUUAGCCCUCGAUUUCAAGAGAUGGAAUAUGUUUCCAACAAUCCAGCAAUAUAUAUCUCCAAAGUGACGGUAAAUCAUGCGUUACAAGUCAUCAGCUUCUAAUUCAAGCAACCCUCGAGUUUAUAACCAUGGUUGAAUAAGAGACUUGCUUGUAAGUUAUAUUUACAGAAACCUCUGAAAAAGUUUCUCAUUGCCAUCUCUCUCUCAACAGAUACAACUUGAUGGAUAUACAAAAGAGUCUUCCAGUCAGGUAAAUAAAAUACAGUGAAUAAUUUUUGCCUGAAUUUUUCAUUUGUGCACUGACAAUCCGAAGGCAAAAAAAAUGUUGAAAACCGCAGUUUAUUAUUCGUUAAUAUUUAUGCCUCUUUAAAAAUAGUAAUUCUAAGACUUCAUGAUUGUUGUCAAUAUAUGAUUUCAAACAGGUGAAUCUUACUGAGUCAUGUUAAACUAGUAAAACCAAAGUCCUUUUAGACCGGCCACAUUUUCAAGAGGUACCUGAAUAUUAUGGCUUGUUAGAAAAAGUUCGCUGCGGGAAACAUCUCUGUUGAAAAGAAUAGCGUAAGCUAGCACCUGCAAACGUUGACAACAAAAAAAGACCGCUGUAUUCUUCAGUUCUUUAGACCUACUAUUCCUUUCACUUUUCCUACUUACUUCAAAGAAAAAAAUCUUUGAAAGAGCAUCAUAUCAGAAUAAAAGUAUAUAGACUACCUUAAUGUUGGGCGUUUAAUAAUGGAGAUAAUGAUAUGGAAUAUGUUAUUUGUGCUACGGUUCUACAUAACAAGCACCCGGCCUACAAGCCACAUUUACAUAUAAAUUCAGAUGUCCCGUUCUUUUCUUUAUCACAGCGCAUCUUUUUUUCUCUACUUCAAAACAGACUGCUAAACAAUUUUUUCCUCCUCUUUUAUUGAUUUUAAUUUAACAGUUGUCCAGCCCCAAUUUAAGCUCCUCAUCUCAAAGACAAACAAGCGAAAAUGAUGAGACGGCGAACAUUUCAAGAGAUAGCAGCAGCUUGUCUUACUCUGUAUUAAGCGGCCAGCAGAUGGCUAAAAAACCUUUGUAUGGUACACCAAGAACCUCAACACCAGAGCCACGAACAUUUGUGAGCCCAAGACAUGAAAAGCAAAAUGUCAGCGGUGUUUAUCAUAAAGACAUCAUAUCAGAAGAGUCAACAAGAAAGCAGCUCCAUGUAAGUUACACUGAACUGUGGUAAGUCGGGUCCAAUUAUCACCUAAUGCAGUUAUCAUCUAAGAAAUAUAACAGGAAAAUUCAUGAAAAAGAUUUAAAAAACAUUGUUAUUACUAGUCUGUUGGUAAUUACGGAGCAGAAGGAAUGCCUUGAUAAGAAUCCAUUAGGACUAAAUGUAAAGGCAAAGACAUCAGGGAGGCCAAUAAGAGAGCUGUAGGGGUCUGUAAAUGAAUGUAAACACAAAAGAAAAGAAAAAGAAAAACACCCAAAACAUGGUAAAAAUAGCUGCUGAAGAAACAAAGCUUAGACUUCAUUAUAAAUCAAUGACCACCAUGGGGCAAAGGACUACAAUGCAAAGAAUUUCGCUGCGCGUCCUGCAUCGACCUUAAAUUUAUUUCACUAAAAUUUAAUACAUUCUUUGCAUUAUUUCUGUCGCUCCAGCUUCACAGGAGCUGUCAACUGUUGCUGUCUUCGUCGGCUGUGUUUAGAUGGAACUAGAUGGUAAUGUGAUCGGUUAGCUCUUUAUUACUGAGUUUAUAGAGUUCUGAGAGUUCAAACAAAGCUCGCGAGCACGUGCGAGAUGGGAUUCGAGAGCACGUCGCUUUAUGGCAAAUAUACUCGGCAAUUCAAGUUAUUGAAAGCUAGAAGUACGCUUUUAAUUUCUUUAAUGAUUUGGACAUUUUGUAGGGACAUUCAGUGGAUAAACUUUCCUUCUCUAGUGCCAAAGUCCCCUGAGGUCGCUCUAAAACUUUCUCUUUAAUCUAAACAAGAGCUUACUAAUGCCUCAUUUCUUUCUAUUUCAGAACUCUGCAUCAUCAAAGCUUGUUUUGACCCAAGAAAAUCUUCACCGUCCGUUGUUACAGUUUAAGACAACAGAGAUGGGUUCCUAUCGCGACAAGACUGGCUACAAGUCGCGGGAAGACUUGUACUUUGAUAUUUUGCAGCGGAUUGAAGACUUGAGUUGGAAUUAUCAAAAGCUGGAGACAGAAUAUGACUUCUUAGAGAGAUUCAAAGACGAACACAAAGAGGAUCUAAAAAAAGUUAAAAACUGCAGCAGGCAUCUUAGAAACAGAGCUGAUCUUAAUACAUCUUAA